GAGUGUGGGAUUUUCUCGUUUGGGUGUGGCGCGGAUGCGCGACAGGAUGCGUUCAACACAUCCCACGUUGAAUUUCGCCGGGAUCCCUGCCAAGAUCUGCCCGUCUCUGAACAUUCAUCCACCGCCGUCUGUUCUGUCUGCCGUCUCUCAGCUCUAUUUCUCAAGGUCUCUUGUGUGCUUUGUGGAUGCGUGCUGCAGAGCUCCGAAAUUGGCACGAAAUGCAGGUCGACUAGAAGCUGGCAUUACAGAGGUACACAAGAUAGUGUAGCGCUGAAGAGCAGCAAGCAAAGUGGAAGCACGCAAGCGAUCUUGAGGUUCUUGUCGAGGGAGGUGAGGGAGAGUGGACAGAGCUGGCGGAGGGAUGAACGUUCGAGGACGGGCAGACGCGGGCAGGACUCCGCGAGAAGUUCGACGGGGAUGUUGUACGCGCCUCAUGCGCGAGGGUUUGCCUUGAAGAAGCGGAGUGAGGGGAGACAGAGGAGGGAGUGAGGAAGAGGAGGAGGAGGUGGUGGUGGUGGUGGAUCCAUGGGAGCAGCGCCGAAGAUGUCGACGUCUGCGUUCACGGUGGGGCUGAUAGGCGCAUGGUACUUCUCCAAUAUUGGGGUGUUGCUUCUAAACAAGUAUUUGUUGAGCAAUUAUGGAUUUCGAUACCCCAUCUUCCUGACGAUGUGCCACAUGACGGCGUGUGCGCUCUUUAGCUACGUCGCCAUCGCGUGGAUGAAGGUCGUGCCAUUGCAGACGAUUAGAUCACGCACGCAGUUUCUGAAAAUUGUGGCGCUCAGCGUCAUUUUCUGCACUUCUGUGGUAAGCGGGAACAUCUCGCUGCGCUUCCUGCCGGUCAGCUUCAACCAGGCCAUCGGUGCCACCACGCCUUUCUUCACCGCCGUGUUUGCUUACAUGAUGACGUUCCGGAAGGAGGCAGGGCCGGUGUACGCUGCCCUUGUUCCGGUUGUCACGGGGGUAGUCAUUGCCAGCGGGGGCGAACCCAGUUUCCACAUGUAUGGAUUUGUCAUGUGUGUCACGGCGACGGCAGCGCGAGCUCUCAAGUCUGUGUUGCAGGGUAUUUUGCUUUCUUCGGAAGGAGAGAAGCUGAAUUCCAUGAACCUGCUCUUGUACAUGGCUCCCAUUGCGGUUGUGGUGCUUUUGCCUGCCACAUUGUUACUGGAGCAAAAUGUGCUAGGGAUCACAAUUUCACUUGCGCGGAUGGACAUCUCGAUUAUUUUCCUGCUGAUUAUCAACUCCGCCAUGGCGUACUUUGUCAACCUCACCAACUUUCUGGUCACUAAGCACACGAGUGCAUUGACUUUGCAGGUUUUAGGGAAUGCCAAGGGUGCCGUGGCCGUUGUGGUGUCUGUUAUUAUCUUCCGCAAUCCGGUCACCAUUACAGGCAUGCUCGGUUACAGUCUUACCGUAUUUGGCGUUGUGCUUUACAGUGAAGCGAAGCGACGGUGCAAGUGAGCUGAAUUACGCAUCAGGAAUUUGCACAUGUCCGGUGUUACCAGUGUAGCAGAUGUCUGGUUCAUCAGCUCUUCCAUUAUCUCACCAUAUUGGCUAUGUUCUCCACCCACAGACAUGCAGGUAGAGUGAAAUGAGAUUCAGAGCAGAUAGGUACAUAGUUAGCAUGGCUGUGUGUGAGAGCUAGAGUUAGCGCUAGAGGGAGCCUGCAUAUGUCCCAAGGUUCUCAAUUUAUUAUAAGAACUACAUUCAAUGGCAAGUUUAGGCCUUCCUGCUCUCUUUGGAGAACGGUGAUUGAAAUGAUACAGACGGAGCAGUGGGUGGUCGUGCUUCAAGUGAAUGCUUCUUCUUUUUUCUUUUUUCAGCAUGCUCUGCUCAGCUCCUUCUUUGCACCUCGUAUAUCGAUCAACAUGGCAGCUGGUCAUCUGAACAUUCGGCAUGGUUUGAAGGUUGGUCAAGCCUCCAAGCCCUACUUUGAGUUUCACAAGUGUUCUGAAUUUUAAGUUCUCAAGUUGGUCAAAUGCACUGAUGUAAGUAUAUUGCCAAGAUCAACUGGAAUCUAGGUUUAUGUUCCAACAGGUUACAUCUGAUGUUUCGAAACGUCAAGGUUUGGACUGAGACAUAAAGAGGCAAUGCGACCUGGGUGUGUAUGAGUUAGAGGAGGGUGUUAAAAUAUUAUGUCGAAGAUCCUGUGUGGGUGCAUCCUGCUUGGAGUUUUUCAGUUGCACACCUUGACCAGAUCUGGCAUGAGAUUUACCCCCACUUGAUGUAUCGAUUGCAGAGGAUGCACAUCGUAUCACCCAACCACUUGCAACAGGUUCUGAAUCAAGCAAAAUUGUCCAACUCAGAUGAUCCUAUCUCCAAAUCAUUCCACCGAGCCUCGAGGUUCAGGCUACGACAUAAAACCUCCGGAAGAAAAAGUGAAGCACUUGUGGUUGGCAGGAGGCAAAUGACAUCAUUUGGAGCAAUAUUGUUAUUUCGAAGAAUCGGGUUGGUGGCAUUGUGCUAAGAAAUAUCAGUAUGAAGCCAUUUUGGCAAUAGUUUUCCUGUUCAUUUUUGGCUUUUUCACGGUGCCCAAAUCCGUGGCCAUACGUUUGAUACCGACAAAUACAUUUAAAUGUGGAGUGUCGGAGUAGUGUUCCUCUCUCCACCAAAAGUAUAGAGAAUAUACGUUCUCAAAAAGUAUUUUUUA